UACAAAAGUGACAGUUGAGAGUACUAGUGUGUCUAUAGUGUUCAUACACAUAAUGAGUUACAAUUACAUAGCAAACCAUCUGUUUUAACAUCAGGCUCCUGUGCGGGAGACAAAUACUAGGUCAUACUGUUUCACAUAUAUGCUCUACUCAAAGUCAACCACCUCAAUAUUUAACCAACGUUGUAUACUGUACAUUGGAAUUUGUUUAAAACAGAUAUGAAAAUGGGAAUGAAUUUCGUGUUUUUUGUCGUAACCUGCCUGUACACUGGGACCUCUGGACACCGCUACAAGACAUUGUCAGAGUUUAUGUUCCGUCGACAGACUGAAAGGACAAUAUGCAACUCGUACGGACUUUUCAAAAGAAUGUUACAGAGGGAAACUAAUCCAUUGAUUGACAACUUUGUCAAUAGCCUUUUCGAGCAGAGUCCAAUAACUGGUGAAAUGCUACGUAGCAAGUCGGCAGAAGUUUGCAGUGACAUAGCAACAGAAGUAACAGCCUGGGUACAAGAGAACAGACCAAUAUCAUCAUGUCUAAAUACUGAAACGGUGUCAGACAUAAUGGAUGUGUACAGUGGACUAUGUACAGGGGAGGGUGCUGUAACAGCCUUCUUUACUGACCUUACAUCAGAUAUUGAGUCAGUGAAUAUCCCGUCCUGGACAAGUGCUUGUAUGAUAAAGAUGAUCGAGAUACUCUUGACUUGUCCCUUUCUCUCAGUAGGAAAAUUUACAGGUUUGGAGGAAGGACCAGGAAUCCACCAGAGACAGAUGCAAGAAAGUUUUCAGUGUGUUUAUGCAGGGAUAGAUGACAAUGACACGUCAAUGUGUGGGGAUACCCAAAGUCUGAAAAAAAUCUAUCUCAUCAUUGAACUUCUCUACAAUUUAGCACCCGGUGCUAACUUCACUGUGACCGAUUUUGGAUUAUAAACCAUUUGGUGAUUUAUAUAAUUGUGAAAGAAAUAUAUCUAUGUAGCUUCAUAAUAAAUGCAAAUCUAGCACAAUGAA